AUGGUCUACCUGGCUCACACGGCCCACGCCCAGCUCGGCGCCCUAGGGCUGAGCUGCGUGGGCUGGACUCUCACGGCCGUGGCGUUCGGACUCAUCCAGUGGAGGGUCUGGCUGGUGUCUGACAGUGAGGUCAUCAGCUCCGGCCUGGCCUGGGUGGGCCUCUGGAGGACCUGCUUCAACAGCCACACCUUGGUGUCGCCCGGGUUCAAGAUCAUGCACUGCAGGUACAUCGGCCUGACCGAGGCCUUCACUCCACCGGAGAUUCGGGCGGGUCAGGUUCUCAUGGUGCUGUCCCUGCUGGCGGGGCUUUGUGGGAACGCAGGCGGAGUUUACGCCCUGAGGAACGUCUACUUCGGGAUGGGGAAGGAAUCGCCAUUGCGCUUGUCCUUCUCCACCGGUGGAGCUCUGUGCCUGUUGGCUGCUGCGAUGUCUCUCAUCCCUCUGGUGUGGAAUCUGACCUCAGUGGUGACCAAUCAGAACAUCAGCUUCCCCCCUGAGUUCAAAAUGCCCCAGGCGCCGGAUUCCCAGUAUGCGGGGUGCGGCAUAGGGGUCGGGAUGGUGGGAACAAUCAUGAUGAUUGUCUCUGGGAUUAUUUUCUGUAUGUACAAAAUACCAGCGAGGCCUCAACACGCGAGCCAGUCAUCUCUAAAAGAACAGGCGCACGUGGACAGGUCACCACGUGCACAGCCUAUGUUUGACAGUAUGGGGGGGGAAAACAAUCCAGCGUUUGAGGCCCACGAACACUUGUGA